AUGUUUGCCUUCGCGCCCACUUCUUCUGGAGUAGGGAUUAUUCGGUUGGAGCCAGAAGACGAUGACUACCUACAUGACCCUCGCUGCAGGGAAAAACAACCUUUUGCCAUGUCGUCAAGGGGGAUACUAAACGUCGCUACGCUGCUCGCCCUCUCCCUCGCCAUGCUCAUGCUUUUCGCAGGGUAUCCAUUGCUAUCCGGCCUUGGCAUCCUAAACAAGAAUAAUUUUGCGGUCGGGACUAACGGCACGGGUCAGAUACCCGACUUGCCGCUGCUUCAGCUCAUCGACACUGCUACGCCGUCGACUGCGAUGAAAUGGAGCAGUCCGGACAAGAUCAAAUAUGACUUGGUCUUCAGCGACGAGUUCCAAGUGAAUGGUCGCACAUUCUGGCCAGGCGAUGACCCAUUCUGGGAAGCUGUGGACAUUUGGUACGGCGCCACCGGUGAUUACGAGUGGUAUUCUCCAGAUAACAUUGUCACUCAAAACGGCUCGCUCGUCAUCACUUUCGAAGCAAAAGAGUCUCACAACCUCAACUUCCAGAGUGGCAUGCUUCAGAGUUGGAAUAAGACUUGCUUCCAGGGUGGCUACAUUGAAUUCUCUAUCCAAUUGCCCGGAACUCCGCAGCAACAGGGGUUCUGGCCCGGAGCCUGGAUCAUGGGAAACCUUGCGAGACCUGGCUACCUCGGCUCGACGGAUGGCAUGUGGCCGUACAGCUACUCGGCCUGCGACACUGGCAUCCUCGCCAACCAGACAAAUAUCGACGGAACAGGGCCUGAUGGUGCCAUCCACUCAAAAGGUACCUACGCCGAUAACCGGGGACACAUCUCCCAUCUGCCCGGGAUGCGAGCCUCUUCAUGUACUUGCCCUGGAGAGGACCAUCCGGGCCCCAACCGCAAAACGGCUCGUUCCGCACCCGAAUUCGACAUUUUGGAGGCCAGUGUCGUACCGAGAGGCGCCCCGACCAAGGGCCAGGCUUCGCAGUCUCUCCAAAUCGCACCUUUCGACGAGGGGUAUCACUGGUUGAAAGGCAAUGCCUCAGCCCCAAUCUACGGAUCUACCACCGAUUACAACACGUACGAGGGUAGCGUCUAUCAAGAGGCUGUGUCUGCGGUUUCGGACAUUCCGCUGGAUGGCUACGUGUCACAAGGUCAGCGCUUUGUCACCUAUGCUCUGGAGUACGAACCUGAUUGGGAUUUGAAUGGAGGCGGCUAUGUUCGGUGGUUUGUCGACGGUCAGCCCACCUGGAUGGCGACGGGCGCCGCCGUGGGACCUUCCUCAGCCAUGGAUAUAUCACAGCGCCACAUCUCACCGGAGCCAAUGGCGAUGGUUAUCAACUUAGCAAUGGCACAUAACUUCGAGCCAUCAAUAUGGGAUAGUCUCGUGUUCCCUAACCGCAUGCUGGUGGACUACGUGCGGGUCUACCAGCGGUCUGGGAGAGCAACGAAGCUAUCAUGCGACCCACCCGAUUAUCCAACGGCUGAAUACAUCAAUUCGCACCUUCAGCUCUACAUGAACCCCAACUUGACCCAGUACACUGAUGUGUACCCAUGGGUCAAGAACUCGCUCACAAACCCUGGCUGCUAG